ACAAAACUUCAACUUUAUAAAAAAGUUAGAAUCAAGGAAUAAAUUUGCAUUUCAUUGCAGAUGAAUUAAUAAUCAUUGUUCAUUCAAUUUUCUAAAUCUGCGAGAGAGCGUAACUUAGAAAAUGAUCCCAAGCUUCCACGAAUUCUAAUAAUAACUUGUUUUAUGAAAGUUGUAAACAUGGCCAUUCGCAGAGCCUUAGUGUUGUCGAAACGAAGUGCUUUGGAUGUCUACACCAAUCUCCACAGGGAUCCCCAAAUCAUGUCUCUAAUUCAAGCGAAUCAUCCGGUAGUUGGCAAUCUAGUAGACAGGCACAAGACUCAUGUAGAGACUGUGAAAUUCUGCGAGGAUGUAUUGCGUCGGAAACCACUUGAGUGGAAGACAGUUGUGGGUGAUGAGUUAGAGGCACCAAUCAGUGACAUUGACUUAGUCAUUACAAUUGGAGGGGAUGGAACGAUUUUGCGAGCCAGUCACUAUGUGGACAAUUCUGCUUCAAUUUUUGGAGUAAAUUCAGACCCUUCAAGAAUUACAGAGAUUAAGGAGAAUUCAGAGUCAUUUGAUGCAAGGCGAAGUACUGGUUAUAUGUGUGCUGCUACAGCAGAAAGUUUUGAGGAGGUAUUAGAUGAAAUUCUUGAAGGAAAGCGAAAGCCUGUACAGCUAUCAAGGAUAUUAACUUGUAUUGAUGGUGUACAGUCCCAUACACUCGCACUAAAUGAUGUUUUGCUUGCACAACCAUGCCCUGCUGCAGUGUCUAGUUGCUCAUUCAGGAUACGAAAGGGUGAUUCAUAUGAUUCCCAUUUUCACCCAGUCCACAGCCGAUCAAGUGGUCUUAGAGUGUGUACUGCUGCUGGUUCCACAGCUGCCAUGCGUUCAGCUGGAGGUUGCCCCAUGCCUAUCUUGUCCAGAGAUCUCCAGUAUAUGGUCAGAGAACCAAUUUUGCUACCUGAACACUCUAAGGUCAUGCAUGGAUGGAUCAAAACUGAUGAAGUUAUGCAUAUUGUGUGGGGUUGUAGAGAGGGUUUCAUCUACAUUGAUGGUUGUCACGUUUACCUUCCUCUCAAAUAUGGAAAUACAGUUCAAAUUUCAUCUAAAUGCCCUCCUCUGCAAGUUUACAUGCAUCCAUCCCGCCUGCAACAUGUUACUAACUAAAUAUGGUUACAUACAAAAUUCCUAUUAAUUUAAUUCAAUUUGUAUCUUUCUAUUAUGGAUCAAGUUUCAUGCACGAUGACCUUGGUGUCAAUGAUGUUGAUCCUUCUCUCUUUUCUUGCCUAAAUUUAAUGCUUCAGGUGGUAUACACCCUGGCUUGUAAAAUUGUAAAUACACACAGAAGAUUGAGUCAUAUAGUGCUUCUUCAAUACGAUGUUACAGACUACAGCUAAGUUUUGGCACCAAACAGAAACUUCAACAGACAUUUGCCAUUUUGUGGCUCAAAUUCAA